CUGUACUACAGAGUACUCAGCACAAUAGGAGUGAGGAGGACUGGGGGAGUGAGGACUGAGGAGUGAGCGACAAAGCCUUCGCUCUAUUUUCAUUUCCAUUCCAUUUCUGUCUUCAAUUUUGAACUUUCCCCCAAAAACUAUUUCCAUUUCCAUUUCGCUCUAAACCCUAGAAAAACCCAUCGUCUUCGCUAUUCUUCUGCCUUCUCCAGAUUUUCGCCAGCUUUAUCUUUUCCGUCCGUUUUACUAGCGGUGUUUGGUGCUGAAAUAGGUGGCAAUUGGUUCUAGUAUGACACAGGGACAAAUUUUGGAGCCAGAUCAGUUGCAACCUUCAUCUCCUUCAGCUCUUCCUCCCAUCGCAAGCCUUGAUGGGGUGGACCCUCCAGAGUCCGACAUUAUGUGCAGACCGGGUUUUGGAAGCACUGGCCGGUGCAUAUCUGUGCUUGUGAACCAUUUGAAGGUUUCUUUUGAGUCUCCAGAUGUGACAUUUUAUCAGUAUACGGCUAAGAUAACUUCUGAAGACUGUAGACCAAUUGAAAGCAAGUCGUUUCGGGUAAAGAUCAUUGAUGAGCUCUUCAAGAAACACUCGCAUGAAUUGAAAGUAAAACUUUUUGCAUUUGAUGGAAACGAGAAUGUGUAUACCGUUGGUCCUUUGUCACAGAAAAUUUCUGACUUUACUCUAAUACUUGAAGAGUCAAUUGGACUGAGUGCUGAUAACUCUAGUGAACCUACAAAGAAAUCUAAACAUUCUUUGGCACCAAAGCUUUUUAAAGUAGAGUUCAACUAUUGUCACGAAAUUCCUGUGCAACCAGUUGCUCUCACAUCUGAAGGACAUAACACAUGUGAUACCCGGGAUGCAUUAAGGGUACUCAAUACCAUUUUGAGGCAGCAGGCUAUCAAGAAGGGAUUCCUUUCUGUUAGACAAUCAUUCUUCCAGGAUGACUCCAGAAACUGCUUUGAGGUUGAUAAAGGUUUAAUUGGUUUGCGUGGAUUAGAUUCUAGUUUUCACAUGACAAGCGCAGGAUUGUCACUCAAUUUGGAUGUUGCUAUGACCUUAAUUCUGAAACCAGGACCUGUGCUUGAUUUUCUGCUGGCUAACCAAAAUGUGUUGGAGCCUCGCUAUAUUGACUGGGUUAAGGCGAAAAGAAUGUUGAAGAACUUGAGAAUCAAGACAAGCCAUACUAACAGGGUAUACAAGAUUAUUGGGUUGAGUGAUAAGCCAUGUUACCAGCAAAGUUUUCCGCUCAAAAUGGAAGAGGAUAAAGAUUCCAACGAAGAGCAAUUUUGGGAGACUACUGUGUUUGAAUACUUCCUGAAGCAUCGUGGUGUGGUGUUAACUUACUCGAAAUACAUGCCUUGCCUUGAUGUUGGCAAGCCAAAUAAACCCAUUUAUCUACCAAUUGAGAUCUGCUCACUGAUCUCACUUCAACGCUAUAGAAAACAACUGUCUCCAACCCAGAAAAUAACUUUAUUAGAAAGAACCAAGCUAAAGCCCCAUGAUCGAAUGAAAGCUCUGACUGAUGCUGUGAAGAACAACCAGUAUGAAAGUGACCCGUUGCUGGUAGCUUGUGGCAUUUCUGUUGAGAAGCAGUUUAUGCAGAUUGCUGGCCGUGUCCUUGAACCACCAAAGCUAAAGUUUGGCAGAAGUCAAGAUUGCAUGCCUGAAGAUGGCCGAUGGACCUUUAAGAAUAAACAAUUCAUGAUGCCUGUUAAUAUUAAGUGCUGGGCUAUCGUCAACUUUUCUUCUAAUUGUGAUACAAGCUAUCUUUCUCGUGAACUCAUUAACUGUGGACGGAGCAAAGGCAUGGAUAUUGAGCGACCAUAUGCGUUAGUUGAAGAGAAUCAGCAGAUGAGGAAAGCCAGUCCUUUGGCAAGAGUUGAUGCAAUGUUUGAGAAAUUACAAGAUAAGCUCCCAGAUCAACCAGAAUUCAUUUUGUGUGUAUUGCCAGAACGUAAAACUUCUAAUUUAUAUGGACCUUGGAAAAUGAGAAGUUUGAGUACCUUUGGGCUUGUAACACAAUGUGUUUGCCCUGUGAAAAUAACUGAACGGUACCUCACAAAUGUACUUCUAAAAAUUAAUUCUAAGCUGGGUGGUAUAAAUUCUUUAUUGGCAAUAGAGGAGCCUAGUUAUGUUCCCCACGUAAAAGAUAUUCCAACUAUGAUUUUGGGGAUGGAUGUCUCUCAUGGUUCGCCUGGUGGUUCAGAUCCUUCAAUCGCCGCGGUUGUUGGUUCCAUGUCUUGGCCCCUAAUAUCAAGGUACAGAGCAGUUGUAAGGGCUCAGUCUCCAAGAACUGAGAUAAUAGAUUCGUUGUUCAAACCACAAGAAAAUGGAAAGGAUACUGGUAUCAUGAGGAAGCUGCUAAAGGACUUCUAUAAAACAAGUGACGGCCAAAAACCCAAACAGAUCAUUGUUUUCAGGGACGGAGUAAGUAAUUCACAGUUCAGCCAGGUCCUCGAUGUUGAGCUGGAGCAGAUAAAACAGGGCUGCUUCCACUACUUGGUGCGUUCCCUCACUCUGCUGUGGUGUUUGGUUCUGCUUCUGCUUCCCCUUUGUUCUGCUUACCUGGGUCUUGGAGAGGAAGACAUUCCGAAAUUCACAGUAAUUGUUGCACAAAAGAGACACCACACUAGACUAUUCAAAGUGGGGGCUGAUGGCAAUGUUCCACCUGGGACAGUUGUGGACACUGAAGUUGUGCAUCCAAGGAACUAUGAUUUCUACAUGUGUGCUCAUGGGGGGAUGAUUGGUACACUGCGGCCCGUGCACUAUCAUGUAUUGCUUGAUGAGAUCGGCUUCUCACCAGACGAGCUUCAAAAUUUCAUUCACGCUUUAUCCUAUGUGUAUCAAAGGAGCACUCAUGCUACCUCUGUAGUUGCACCUAUCUCUUAUGCCCAUCAUGCUGCCAGACAAGUAGGACAGUUUGUCAAACACGAGGAGCUUCCCGAGAACUGUGGUGAGAACAACGGCUUCACGACCACAGGAAGUAUCCCUGUCCCGGAGCUGCCCAGUUUGCAUAAGAACGUCAGGAAAACCAUGUUUUUUUGCUAACUGGUCAUACUUUUCCUUUAAUUUAAGAGGCAGACAACAUGUGUAUAUCUGUUGUGUAUAUAUGCUCGUGCACAGGUGCCCUGAGACUCUGAUCUGAGUGAAGUGCUGCUAUGGUCGUGUAAAUUUUGCAGGUUAAUAUUCGGCUAUCUUGUACAAAUGGGUUAGGAAAUAUUUUCUCCGUCAGGUUUCAAGUUACUAGGAAAUUUUUGGAUCAGCUGUUGUGGCUAAACUUUUUCCUUUGAACUUGCGCGAACUAAUGAUUAUGUCACUAUACGUGAUAAGUUACAGAAGUUAGAAAAGAACAGCCAUUUUCUCUGUAA